AUGCCCUACAGCGCUAAGGAGAACGCUCCAGAGACCAUGCCCAAUAUUGCCGUGCUAGGAUCGGGCGGGGGCCUGCGGGCCACCAUUGCCCUUCUGGGAACCUUGGUGGAGAUGAAGAAGCAGAGCCUGCUGGAUGCUGCCAUGUACCUGUGCGGGGUGUCGGGAUCCACCUGGUGCAUGUCAACUCUCUACAAGGAGAAGGACUGGGCAGAGAACAUAGAGGACUUGGAAGGACGCCUGCGAGACCAACUUUCCAAGAAUUUCUGUGAUAUUAUAAAAAAGUUGAAUUUGGCAAUACAGGCAGCUGAAGAUGAACUCUUCUCUCUGACCGAUGUGUGGGAAAUUUUCUUUGUCUAUAGUAUAUUGAAACUGCAUGAUCCGACCAAGUUAUCUCAACACACGGAUGCCUCCACAAAAGGGACUAACCCUUACCCCAUUUAUGCAGGAAUAGAAAAGAGCAAAUUUAAUAAAGAACAUGAAACAAGCCCAGGUAAAGAAAUGUGGAUUUUUUUCAUACACCUCUCCUGUCUCUCUCCUUAA